UCUCUCCAGACUCAAUGCUUAGUUCAGAAAUCUCGGAACAACCUAUACAGAACAAACAGCCUGGUCUGUUUGUCAACAUCAAGGGUAAGUCGCUCCUGACAUUCAAUAAAGCACUGCUAGCUCCGUGUAUUGGUACAAUACUUUAGCACCCUGUGGGAACCUGCGUCUUGUUCGCUCUUCAAUAUUUCAACGUAUUUGGGUUUAUGCUUUGCUUCUGCAAUCCUGUCAUGCAUCUAACAAGUCAUGGUCCCUCGAUUACAGUCGCCAGUGCACCCCAACGAGCCACCUGGAUGAAUGGACGUUAGCAAACCUACUCUGGCUGUCACAACGAAUAUCCUCAAUAUAAGACUCAAAGAAUCUAAUGCGACUCCAGCCGAAGGAGGAUUCCAUACGGACCCUCCCUAAUACUUUUGCGACAGUAUCUCACCCCAAGCUGCCUUCAUAUUGCGAGACUCCUUGCAGCAAUGGCAUCUACGCAACAAACAGGUUCCGCGCUCCCCUUCAAUGUGGACUCUCCAACCAUGUCCUCUGUGGGCACAUCAUUCGGCGGGACCUUAGCAGACACGAAUGUCAGGUCCUCUCCUGCGCCGCCUAGCAACGCAUCCGCACAGGCCGAUGGUACGAGGUCGAAACGCACAAAACGAGACAGUCGCAAGAAGCGCGAUGCCAAAGGCUUGGAUCAAGAAACACAACCCGCCAAAAAGAGGGCCGUUGCUGUUCCGAGCACUGCGCUUCCGAGCUCGGAAUUAAGUAUAUUACGACCUUUGUUACUUGCCGAACCCCGUGCCUCGGACUUGUUACCUCCGCAGCCCCGACAAAUGAAUUUUGUCAACAGGAAAAGAUCAGAAAUAAUCGGUCAGAGCUGGGAUUUUUAUGAGGUUGUCGACAAGCUUACGAACAAGAAUGGCUUCCAUUAUAGCUAUGCAAUAGCCGACCCGGGCUUUCCACACAUCAAAUAUCGACAAACUGAUGUCUCACCUUAUCAUGCUCGGUUCAGUUUUGAAGACUCGCCGGCUGCGAUUCUCUUCAGCGAAGAUGCUCGUGCGGUAACGACCAACGAGCCAUGGCAUACCGCGCGAGCUAACGUGUGCGCGCGAGAAGGGUCAUAUUAUUACGAGGCGCGCAUAGUAAGUGGUGUUUUGAAUGAGCCCCAAUCCAUCACAUCAGGAAAUCCUGGCGUAACGGCACGAGGCCAUGUCCGGCUCGGAUUCGCCCGAAGGGAGGCUGAUCUCGAUGUCAAUAUUGGAAUUGACUGCUAUGGCUACGGUAUUCGUGAUGUAAAUGGCGAGGUGGUGAAUCGCAUGCGCUGUGAAUAUUUUUUCCCCAAGGGGGAAUCUAUUCGAGAAGGGGAUGUCAUUGGGCUUCUGAUCACAUUGCCCCCUCUGGCACUUCACAAAAGAAUCGUUGAAGGCACAUAUGAACCCAAUGCCGACGGCGAUGCUUCGAGGACGAGUUUCAAUCCGUCCUUCAUCACAAACAUCAUACGUGACCGCAUCCCGUUCCACUACAAGUCCGAUUUUUGCUGGCAGCAAUCGAACGUAUUCUCCACGAAACAGUUGCGAGAUUAUGCGUUCAACCUCAAAGAAACGCCAACGUUCGGUCCGCCUUCGCCACUCAAUGGUGAAGAUGCAUCUUUACGUACCCUUCCUGGUUCCAGUAUCACAAUAUUCAAGAACGGAGUCAAGAUGGGCACGCCCUUCAAAGAGCUGUAUGCCUUUCUCCCACCAGCGAGCAGAUUGGCCAAUGGCACCAAUAAUUUGGGAAUUGGUGAACGAGAGAACGCAGACGAUGGAAUGAUUGGUUACUACCCUGCUGUCAGUUGUUAUGGUGGAGGGGCUGUUGAAUGCCGCUUCGAAGGUCCAUGGUGGUUUGGCCCGCCAGCUGAAACUGAAAAUGACGAACCAGUGUACGGAAUAGGAGAGCGCUUCAACGAACAAAUAGUCGAAGAUGUUGUUGCUGAUAUUGUUGAUGAAGUGGAAGCAAUGUGCGCCUGGGGCGGUGUGGACGGCAAUGUCGUCAGAACCGCUGAACUAGAUGGCUCCAGUACUGGAACUGUUAUUGGGGGCUCGGAUGUGCUAAAGGGGGGCGUAGAGGCCGCGUACGAAUCUGCUAUACCCCCCAGUUCUGGAGUUCAUGAUGCGAAUCUGGCGAACGCCGUUACCCCGGAGCCCGCCAGUGUCGGUGAAAAUGACCCCGGCCAUAUCGCUUUUGAAGAUGCGAUGAGCCUUGAUACUGCGGGUACCCCAAAUCCAGAGAUGCAAUUGACUACAGCGCCAGAAACCGCGGCGGGCGAUGGAGAUAUGGAAAUGUCGUGAACAAUGCUAUGUCAUAUUUGAACCCUGACCAUACCCAUUGUGAUCAUUGCACUUAAAGCAAGUCCCUAAGCCCUUGAUUUGCAUGUCGCAUGAGACUACUCGGCACUGGAUGCAAGUGCCUAGAUCUUCUUACGACCAUGACUGGAAUCAUCAUUGUGCCCCCAUGAAGACUUUGCAUACUGUACUACGUCGGGUCCACGAGUCACGAGUGGCUUCUCCUUUGAUGCAACCAUCAAGUCUGAGAUGACAUCACAAAGGUUCUUUUCGUGGGAAACUGAUGUCUAUCACAUCUUAAAUUGAUCUCUAGAAGCGCUUACCGGAGAGUAAUUCGGCCACUUUCAAGACUAGUGCGUCAUCGCCAUACUGGCCUAUUAUCUGAACGCCG